ACUGUCUGAAGAAGAUUUGGACCAAAAUACCGUGGAUGGAGCAGAAUUUCAUGUUCAAGAGAUAUCUAAAAAAAUUUAUGGGAAAUCAUAAAUGACAAAUUUCUGUUUGCUUAAAUCUGAUUCAAUCCUAGCUGUGGUUGUAAAAAUGAAAGAUGGGUAGCAAUCCAAUUUUCUUCAAUGCUAAUUUCAUCAAAAGAUUAAAUAAUCGAUUUAAACAUAGAUUGCAAUCAGAUGAUAAAAUGUCGUUUAUUAUCCGAGGUUUUGUAUGUCAGCCUAGGGAAAUGCCGUGAGUAAAAUGAGUCCCCAAUAUCACCCCUCGUUCAAUAUGGCGGAAGUUUUCCAUGUUUUUGAAAUAUAUUUGAAGAAGAUGGCGGGUGCGUGCUUUGAUUUUCGGGUUAAUUACGAUGAAUUAUCGUCUUUUAUUGGAAACUCACUAGGAGAAGCUGAAUUUUGGCAAAUUGUUCGACAGUUUGUGGAAAGUUUGCAGGCAAUGUUGAAUGAAAGAACGAAAGUGAAUUUUGAACAGGAAGUUAUCCCAGGCGAUAUUUCAGGAGAUAUCAAAAGUGUUAUAAAGUCUGAAAAUCACUCGCCCAUUGUGGAUCCUUCGUUAGUUCAAAUCACCGCAAACAAGGCAGAAAUGGAUCGGAGAAUUGCUGCAUUUCUCAGAAAGAAACAGUUGGAUGUUGACAUUCACAACCAGAGAGAAUUCUGCAAUCUUCUCCACACUGAAAACGAAUACAGUUGUGCACGGGUCGAUGCGGUAUUUUUACCACGAGUGGGACAAAAAAGUCAUAUAACAGUGACCGAUGCAGAUCGCGAGAGUAAAAUUAUGGAAUCAGACAAUAUAACGGUGGAUACGAUGCUUUAUUCCCUUCCUGUAAAACGACAAAGAACGGCCGACGAUGAUGAAGAAGAAGAGUUACCAUCUGGUGUGGAGGAACGGCUUGAUAAUAUUGAAUCACAUCUCAGACUGAGUGUCAAGUCUGUUGAAUACAAUGUCUACCAGCGUAUUAAAAAGUUGGAAGAAAAAAUACUGCAUUUGGAGGGGCUAUCGCCCGAGUACUUUAACUACCAGAAUGGGUCGGGUUAUCCGCCUUCACGACGACUCCGACCUCAGAAGCAAACGGGGAACACAGAUCUGUUACCAUCAAGUGGUUCAAGCAGUGAUCUGGAUGAACGAAUGCUAAAACUCAAAGAAAAACUUCUUUCUGAAAAACUAACGGGAAAGAGAAGUUGACAAGGUCGUUUUUCUCCAAAAGAAGAAUCCAUGGCCUUUGUGCAAUAGACGGAGCUGCCUUCUGUAAAUAUGAACAAAAUAUUGAUAGAUACAGUUUAGUUCAAGUCUUCCGUAGCUAUUUCCAGAUGACUGGAGUUGAGUCCUAUGACUGGAGUUGAGAAUCAGUUUAUAAAAUUAUCCCUGGAAUUACCUGUGCUAUUUAUUAUCAUAUCGGUAAUAUAUAGUCAUACUUCAGCGCACGAAAUUCUUGACCUCAAUCACCGUAUAGUAAGCCUAUUUUCCUUCAAGCAUGCGGAUAUAAGUCAUAUAAGCAUUUUCCAAGUAUGUCUUGAGGGCAAACGAGUUUAAAACGCAGUUAUCGCAUACUUGGGCAGUCGCCGAGUGUGUUGAUGCCAAGGGUAAGAAACUCUGCGUGUGAACGUUUUUGAAAACCUGACCGACCUAUAUUUCCGGCAGCCAUUUUCUCAUUAUUAUCUCUAAUGACCGUACGUGUUAUAAGCUGAGAGUCCUGAGAGCACAGUUGAUAGGAUGGUUGAGCGAAAAAGCAUCGCAAAUAUUCAGGAUUAAAGCAAUUUGUGAUGAGUCUCUUGUGUCAGUAAGGAAUGCAAGGAUUGUUGAGUUUUCUGAAGGAGAAAACAUUAUUUGAGCCAAACUAGAAGCGUUCUUCUCACAACAACGUCAUCACUUGCCCUUUUGUUUCACUAGAUCGGGUUUAGAUCUCGUAGGCCAUAUCACGGACAAAUUUCACCAAUAUAUUUGCGAAUGUACCAUUAUUAACCAUUCCUCUUGUAAAAUGCAAUCUGUAAGGCUAGAAUCCACUUUCUCGUAUAAUUUAAUCACUAAUCGCUAUGUACAAGAUUUGGAUUUCAUGUGAAUAUAAUUACAUUCGUUAUCCUCAGCCGUUUUUACACCCAUUU